UCCGCCCCUGGAGAGGAGGCGGUGCCCCAGAUCGGCCUUCGCCCUUCCCGAGUGUAGGCGCGUCGGGACGGUCCAUUGUCGUCCAGAGGGGUAGAAGUGGGCGUGGCGGAGCCUCGAAGAGCAUUCUCCGGCCAACCUCACUCGCUAGCUGUUCCGCAGGAACUGCCGCGCCGAGAUGAGCGAAGGGGAUAACCCAGCCAGCAAGCCCACGUCGGUGCAGGACGUGCAGGGCGACGGGCGAUGGAUGUCUCUGCACCAUCGGUUCGUGGCGGACAGCAAAGACAAGGAACCCGAAGUAGUUUUCAUCGGGGACUCCUUGGUCCAAUUAAUGCACCAGUGCGAGAUCUGGCGAGAGCUCUUCUCUCCUUUGCAUGCACUUAACUUUGGCAUUGGUGGUGACAGCACACAGCACGUACUGUGGCGACUGGAGAAUGGAGAACUAGAACACAUCCGGCCCAAGAUUGUGGUAGUCUGGGUGGGCACCAACAACCAUGGGCACACAGCAGAACAGGUGACCGGUGGCAUCAAGGCCAUUGUGGAACUGGUGAACCAGCGGCAGCCCCAGGCCCGGGUUGUGGUGAUGGGACUGCUUCCAAGGGGCCAGCACCCAAACCCACUUCGGGAGAAGAACCGACUGGUGAAUGAGCUGGUACGGGCAGCACUGGCAGGCCAUCCUCGGGCCCAUUUCCUCGAUGCUGACCCUGGCUUUGUGCACUCUGAUGGCACCAUAAGUCAUCAUGACAUGUAUGAUUAUCUCCAUCUGACCCGCCUGGGCUACACACCUGUCUGCCGGGCCCUGCACUCUCUGCUUCUCCGUCUGCUGGCCCAAGACCAGGGCCAGAGUGUUCCUCUGCCAGAGCCCACACCCUAACCCUAACCCUGCCCUCCACAUUAAAUUCUUUCCUCGGUCUUUGUUUCCUGUU